AUGGAUGCCGGACCGACACGCGCCCCCUGGUGGGCGCGUGGCCUCUUCUUGUUUGCCGUUGCUCUGGCGCUGUGUGCGCAGGGCCUGCCCGCCUGGGCGCAGCAGGCCGCGCUGCGCUUCGACAUCCUCGAGUUCGAGGUCGAGGGCAACACGCGCCUGAAGGCCACGCAGGUGGAGUCCGCCGUCAUGCCCUUCAUGGGCGAGGGGCGCGACAUGGCCGCCAUCGAAGGCGCCCGCGCCGCGCUGGAGAAGGCCUACCAGGGCGCCGGCUACCUGACCGUCUUCGUCGACGUGCCCGAACAGCGCAUCGACGGCGGCCUCGUGCGCCUCGUCGUGCUGGAGGGCCGCAUCGACAAGCUCUACGUGACCGGCUCGCGCUACUACGACCAGGGCAACAUUCGCGCCGCGGCGAGCGAACUGGCCGAGGGCCAGGUGCCCAACUUCAACGUCGUGCAACAGCAGGUCGCCGCGCUCAGCCAGACGCCCGAGCGACGCGUGCAGCCGGUGCUGCGCCCGGGCCGCGAGCCGGGCACGGUGGAGGCCGAGCUGAAGGUCAGCGACAAGCUGCCGUUGGGCGGCAGCGUCGAGAUCAGCAACGCGGCCGCCGCGGGCACCGACCAGUUGCGCGCCGCCGUCAACCUGCACUACGACAACCUGUUCCAGCGCGAGCAUUCGCUGUCGCUGACGGCGCUGACCGCGCCGAUGCGGCCGAGCCAGUCGCAGGUGCUGGUGCUGAACUACCUGGUGCCUUUGGGCGACGGCGAUUCGCUGAGCUUCAGCGCCGUCAACUCCAGCAGCGACAUCGACAGCCUCGGCGGCACGCGCGUGCUGGGCAAGGGCACGACGCUGGGCCUGCGUUACGGCAUCAACCGCGUCGGCGCCAACGCGGCCCACGGCCUGUCGCUGGGCUUCGACGUCAAGGACCUGAAGGAAGACGUGCACACCAGUGCCGGCACGCUCGGCUCGCCGCUGCGCUAUGCGCCGCUGCAGCUGGCCUACAACGGCAACUGGUGGGGCGAGUGGGGCCAGCAACAGCUCAGCGCCAACGCCGUGUUCGGCCUGCGCCCGCGCGCCAUCUACCAGUGGAGCAGCUUCGACAUCGCGGUCGACAGCUCCGUCACCUUCGACAUGGCGCAGGCCGGCUCCAGCGCGCUGAACCGCAUCGGCAGCGUCAGCCCCAGCCUGAUCUUCGGCCAGCUCAAGGCCACCAACGGCGGCGAGAUCCUGCUCUACAACCGCAACGGCAUCCUGUUCGGCAAGGACGCGCGCGUGGACGUCGGCGCGCUGCUGGCGACGACGCUGGCACCCAGGGAUGCCGACUACGCCAACGGCUUCGUCACCAACAUCACCGGCGCCGCGGCCGCGCUGCGCUACGACGGCGCGGCGGCCGACUACGUCGACGCGAAGAACUUCAUCCGCGUCGAGCCCGGCGCCGAGAUCAAGACCGGCGAAGGCGGCCGCAUCCAGCUCUACGCCAAGCGCGUCGAGAACGCCGGCUCGCUGACCGCGCCCGGCGGCCAGGUCGUGCUCGGCGCCGGUGCCGAGGUCUUCUACAAGCUGCCCACGGCCGAACCGCUGUACGCCUCCGAGGCCAACCCCAGCGUGCCCGCGCUGCGCGGCCUGCUCGUCGAAGUGGGCCGGGGCGACAUGGCGAUCGGCGCCGGCUCUGUCGACAACAGCGGCAGCAUCAGCGUGCCACGCGGCAACGCCACGCUCGUGGGCCUGGCCGUCAACCAGGCCGGCCGCAUCAGCGCGACGACGAGCGUGUCGCAGAACGGCUCCAUCCUGCUGCUGGCGCAGGGCGACGCCGAGACCGACGGCAAGGGCGUCAGCGACCCGUACUACAAGCGCGCCGCGCGCAGCGGCACGCUGACGCUGGCUGCCGGGAGCGUCACCGAGAUCACCGCGGACAACCACGGUGCCGACGGCAAGCUGCUGACCAGCGACGACAACGCCACCUUCACGCGCUCGCGGCUGGAUCUGGCCGGCGGCAACAUCACGCUGGCGCAGGGCGCCAAGGUCGUGGCUCCCGGCGCCGUCGCGGAGCUGCGUGCGCUGGACACGCCCGCGCCCUUCGGCGAUCUCGUCAGCCGCAAUCCGCUGUCCGCCACGGGCGGGCGCAUCGUCAUCGACGCGGGCGCCAGCAUCGACGUGUCCGGCACGACGGACACGUCCGUCAGCGUCGCGC